AUGUAUGGGAUCAAUCAGCGCUAUUUUUACUUAUCUUUUCACUUCUUCGUGGUGUGGUGCCAUGCACAGGGGGAGAAUCACCCUUCUCCUAAUUUUAACCAGUAUGUGAGGGAACAGGGGACGUUGACGGACCAGCUCAGCCGGCGGCAGGUCCGAAUCUACCAGCUCUACAGCCGGACCAGCGGAAAGCACGUCCAGAUACAGGGAAAGAGAGUCACCGCUACUGCUGAGGAUGGCAACAGUUUUGCAAGGUUGUACGUGGAGACUGACACUUUCGGCAGCAGGGUUCGCAUUAAAGGUGCUGAGAGUGGGCGAUACCUAUGUAUGAAUCGUCGUGGGAAACUGGUUGGAAAGGCCAGUGGGAGAGGCAGAGACUGUAUCUUCACAGAGAUUGUCCUGGAGAACAACUACACAGCCUUCCAGAAUGGCAAGUAUGAGGGCUGGUACAUGGCCUUCACCAGGAAAGGCAGGCCCAUCAAAGCCUCCAAGACCAGGCAAAACCAAAGAGAGGUGCAUUUCAUCAAGAGACUUCAUAAGGGUCCCCCGCCGUUCCCCAACACAGACCGACUCAAACAUUUUGAGUUCAUCAGUUUCCCACCAACACGUCGAGCCAAGCGGAACAAGAAGUCUCACGAAGUUCAAUGACAUGGAGACAAAGUGAACUCAUAUUUUAAAUAAAAGAAGAAGAGAUGCAGCUUUAUUUUUAUAUAUUUUCAUACAUAAAAUGGAUUGAAAAUGUUUUUGUUGUAAAGUAGAUGCCUGUAAAUAUGGUAAGAUACCAGAUGAAAUGUAUGUAUAUAUUUAAUAUUACCCUGUGUGCGUAUUUGUAAAAAGAGGGAACAUAAAAAAGUUUGAAUGGUUUAGUCAUAUAAAUAAAAAUGAAAAGAUGGGCUGGAACUGUA